UUGGAGUUUGAAGUACAACAGUCCCCCACCCCCCCGCGGCCAGGAUCGAGUUGGUUUGAUCCUACAUGGCGUAAAGUUUCCUUCCGCGUUGAGGACAGUGUGAGCCUGACACAAAGAGGGGAGGCGAAGAUUGUCAACAUGACAGACAUGGACAGUGAGACCACCACCCACACGGAGCCCAUGGUGGAAGAAGAGACGCCACUUCUCAGCAACCUGGACCUCUUCCUCUUCUCCCUGAUUGUCGGCCUUGUCGUUUAUUGGUUCAUGUCCCGGAAGAAGCCUGAGCCCCUCCCCGAAUUCAAGAAGCUCGACACACCAGCACCCACUAUAAGAGAGACGAGUUUCAUCGAGAAAAUGAAGAAAAUGGGCAAGAACAUCAUUGUGUUCUACGGCUCCCAGACGGGCACAGGAGAGGAAUUUGCUAACAGACUGUCCAAAGACGCUCAGCGGUACGGCAUGAAAGGAAUGGCUGCUGAUCCAGAGGAGUACGACAUGGGGGAACUGUCCCGUCUGUCUGAGAUUGAAAACUCCCUCGCCAUAUUUUGCAUGGCCACCUACGGUGAAGGAGACCCAACAGAUAAUGCCCAGGACUUCUAUGACUGGCUGCAGGAAAAUGAUGAUGAAAAUCUCUCUGGACUAAACUACACUGUAUUUGGUUUGGGCAACAAGACAUAUGAACACUACAAUUCAAUGGGAAAGUAUGUUGAUAAAAGGCUGGAAGAACUUGGAGCCAAGCGCAUCUUUGAUCUUGGUUUAGGAGACGACGAUGGCAAUCUGGAAGAGGACUUCAUUUCAUGGAGAGAGCAGUUCUGGCCGGCCGUCUGUGAGCACUUUGGAGUGGAAGCCUUGGGAGAUGACUCAAGCAUACGGCAGUAUGAGUUGAAGGUGCAUACUGACAUGAACAUGAACAAAGUGUACACAGGAGAGAUUGGACGCCUGAAGAGUUUUGAGGUCCAAAAGCCGCCGUUUGAUUCGAAAAACCCUUUCUUGGCCACAGUGACCGUCAACAGGAAACUCAACAAGGCUGGUGAUAGACAUUUUAUGCAUCUGGAAUUGGACAUAACAGGCUCCAAAAUCAGAUAUGAGUCAGGUGACCACGUUGCCGUUUUCCCCACAAAUGAAUCUGCGUUGGUGAACAAGUUGGGACAAAUCCUUGGAGUGGACCUUGAUGUUGUUAUCUCUCUCAACAACCUUGAUGAGGAGUCCAACAAGAAGCACCCGUUCCCCUGCCCCACCACAUACCGCACGGCCCUCACUCACUACCUGGACAUCACACAUCCUCCUCGCACCAACGUCCUCUAUGAGCUGGCACAGUAUGCCUCUGACCCCAAAGACCAGGAGAAUAUGCGCAAGAUGGCCUCUUCCUCACCUGAGGGCAAGGCACUCUACCAGAAUUGGGUGUUGGAUGCCAAUAGAAACAUCCUUGCCAUCCUAGAGGAUAUGCCUUCUUUGAGGCCUCCCGUUGACCACUUGUGUGAGCUGCUGCCUCGUCUCCAGGCUCGCUACUAUUCCAUCGCCUCCUCCUCUAAGGUUCAUCCCAACAGCAUCCACAUCUGUGCCGUAUUGGUAGAGUACACGACCAAGACUGGACGCGUCAACUUAGGAGUUGCUACCAACUGGCUGAAGAACAAACCCGUCACAGACAACGGGCACAAGUCCACCGUUCCCAUGUACAUCCGCAAGUCUCAGUUCCGCCUGCCCUUCAAAGCCACCAACCCAGUGAUCAUGAUUGGGCCUGGGACAGGAAUCGCCCCCUUCAUGGGCUUCAUCCAAGAGAGGGGCUGGCUAAAAGAGCAAGGAAAGGAGGUUGGAGAGACAGUCAUGUAUUUUGGCUGCAGAUAUAAGAACGAGGAUUAUAUCUACCAGGAGGAGCUGGAGGAAGCAGAGAAGAACAAGGUUCUAACACAGCUUCAUGUUGCCUUCUCCAGAGACCAAGAACAUAAGGUGUACGUGCAGCAUCUCAUAAAGAACAAUAAGGAGAACCUCUGGAAGCUGAUUCACUCAGACAACGCUCAUAUCUACGUCUGCGGGGAUGCAAGGUACAUGGCUAAAGAUGUGCAGACAGCCUUCCACGAUAUGGCAGAAGAGCUGGGAGGCAUGACACGCACCCAGGCCACAGAUUAUGUCAAGAAACUGAUGACCAAGGGACGCUACUCGCAAGAUGUCUGGAGUUAAAGAGCCUCAGACUUUGCUUCAGUCGCUGGUUUUAAAUGUUCUAUUUUUACUGUAUGUCUUGUUUUAUCAGGACUGAAUAUAAAAACAUUUAACACUUGUUCAUCUCCCUGGUUCGUGAGAGCUACAGGUAGCAGAAGAUCAUGAGGCAAACCCUACCUCAGCAGGUUUUUGCUAAUAAACCCAUUCAGUAAUUUCCUAAUGUAUACCUUGUGUAUCUGGACCACCAGCCUGUGUCUGCAGGGGUCCUCACUUGAGCCGCUUUCUCAGACCAAACAACAGUUACCCCGUCUGGUUUCCAGAGACUUUAAAGAGUCUCUGAUAUAAAUUAAUGAAUUUGUGUAAUUUGGUGUUUUUAAUUGCAACUCAGUUUGUAAGAACUCGCUGGCAGAGGUACAGAAUAUAAGACCACUGUGAACAUGAAGAUUUAAAUUCAAAAUUGAUAACACUCUUUCAAGUUUGUAACUUUCAUCUGAUUGAUUAAUGGAUUGUAGCCACCGCAGCGGGUAAUAUUGCAUUAUAUGUAAAGUGAACCUGUGGAGCGUUGUGUUCCUGUGGCAGUGCGAACACUCAGAGAAGCUUUAGACAUGAAAGGAGCUCAUCUAGUGGUGCUUUCAAAAGAACUUCAAAUUUUUUAGAAAAAGUGAGGAAAAUGUUGGCAUCAUAGGUACACUUGUGUUUACCUUUGUGUUUUUGACAAGGGAUUUCGCCUCUUAUGCAUAAGUUUCUGUUCAUUUUAAUCAGUAACAGUAACCUUUUUAGAGGCACAGACAGUGAUGCAAAGGGGGAAGAUCAUUUAUAGAAAGAAAACGUGAGAUUAUGUGCAUUUUUAUUUCCUAUAAAAGCCUGUUUAUAAACAUGAUAAAAAUGAAUCUGUAGGUAUCCUAUAUUUGUAAAAUAACAUUUGAAAUGUUGGCCUUGAAACCAGAUCUGCCCUGUUUAUUUCAUAUGCAUCUGACAGCAGAGGAUUAUAAAAUGGGUUUGUAAUGUCGCGGUAACACUCGGGGACAUAUGACAGCAACCUCUAUUUGAUUGAUAUCUGUGCUUUUUUUUUUUUUUUUUAUCUUGUCCAAUCACAUAUGCACCACUACAGUCUGGAGAAGAUGACCAGACAUAUCAGAACAUUUUGUGUGUCUACCAGCAUCCAUCAGUCAGUGCUCAUCCCACUACUUUUGUGUGAAUAAUGGGUGUUUGAGGUGUUCAGCCAACCUGAAGUGCAGCCUGUGCCUUUUUUAUUAAUGCCUUAUGUAUUAAGUUAGCAUUAAAACCUUGACGCUUCACUGUCUAACAGGUUUUCUUCUUCCAUGCUUACAUUUUGAUAGUCACUUUAUCCAGCCCUGUCACCUUUAUGUCAUUUCAUUUUAUGAUGUAAUGAUUUGAUUUCAUUGAGGCAUGCAUUUUUUAAUGAAUAAAAUUGAAAUAAUG